GCGGUCACCUAAGUCAAAACCGAUAAGGCAAAAACGGUGUUGACCUUGGUAGAAUAAUCUGCGCUUGGAGCUAGCCAGAAGGGAGCUAAUAUCAUCAGCGAUCAGCGCUGUUAUAAACUGAAUGCAUCAUAAGCGUGUACUGCAUACAUCCUUACGAGUAUAAUAAGAUUUGCUCAGGACAAGAAGAUGUUUGAAAUAAAGGGAAAAGUGGCUUUAGUGACAGGCGGAGCUUCUGGUAUUGGUCUUGAAAUAGCAAAACGAUUAUUGGAAGAAGGUGCAAAAGGAGUCUCAAUUGCUGAUAUCAACCAGGAAAUGGGAAAAAAAGUUUGCAAUGAACUACAGAAAAAAUUCGGCACCAAUAAAGUUAUAUUCUUGGAAACUGAUGUGUCGGACAAGCAAUCUUUCGAAGAAGCUUUCUUCACCACUGUAGAAACUUUCAACGGUAUUGAUAUUCUUGUUAAUAAUGCUGGAAUACUCAAUGAUCGUAAUUACGAGAAAGAAAUUGAUAUCAAUUUUAAAGGAAUUGUUCAUGGGAUCACCCUCGGUAUUCAGAAAUACAUCCUUCGUUAUAAAACGGGAUCUGAAGGAGUCAUAUUGAAUACUGCAUCAAUAGCAGGUACACAAGUUUAUCCCGUUGCGCCUGUUUAUAGUGCCAUAAAGAGUGCAAUUGUUUCUCUAACAAUGUCAUUUGGUGAUGAAAUUCAUUACAACAGAACUAAGGUUAGGGUUGUAGCUGUAGCUCCUGGUUUAACAACAACAAAUAUUUUACCGAAAUUUGAAAUGAAGUCUGUUUGUCUAGAUGAUGAAAUAGGUCAAAUAUUCGAGGAUCAAUUCCAUUUACACAAAAUACAGCCGGUUGAAAUUGUUGGAGAAAAUGUCAUGAAGAUAAUUAAAGAGAAACCAUCAGGAACUGUUUGGAUAUCUGAAGGAGGAAAAGAUAUUGUCGAAUAUAUUCCAUCGAUACCUACAUUCAAAGCAUGAGAUCAAAAUAAUUUAAUUUUUCUUACCCAUAUGCAUCUGUGAACUAAUUGAAUAUGUUGUAGAAAAGUGAUCUUGUUCUUGUUUUUGAGAAGGAUUUGGUUACUUCAUAUUUCACUUCUAAACAAUAGCAGUAUGUAAACUUGAAACAGUUGAGGCGAUGUAAUCUAACCUUUCAAUGAGUUUCAAGAAUACACAUUUUAUAUGUGAGAUUUAUGUUACAAUAAAGUGUACUAAUUGGA